AUGGCUGUUUCGAUGCUUCAAGAGUCCUCUUCGUCAAUUUCUCGAUGCACUUACGAUGUAUUUUUGAGUUUUAGAGGUACAGAUACGGGUAAAAAUUUUACGGAUCACCUUUACAUGGCUUUGGUGCAAGCAGGGAUUCAUACAUUUAGAGAUGAUGAUGAAAUUGAGAGAGGGAAGAGCACAAAAGAUGAAAUUGAAAGAGCAAUUUUGCAUGAGUCAAAAAUAUCUAUCAUUGUCUUCUCAAAGAAUUAUGCUUCAUCAACAUGGUGCCUCAAUGAACUUGUAAAGAUAAUGGAACAUAGGAAAUUCUCCAAACACAUUGUUUUGCCAAUUUUCUAUGACGUGAAGCCAUCUCAAGUGAGGAAGCAGACAGGGAGUUUUGCCGAAGGGUUUGCUAGACAUGAAGAAAGCUUCAAGUCUGAGAUGGACAUGGUACAAAGAUGGAGGGCUGCUUUAAGAGAAGUUGCUGAUUUGGGAGGCAUGCCUUUAGAAGAUAGGCAUGAGUCGCAGUUCAUUCAAGACAUUAUUAAACAAGUUCAAAAUAAACUCCAUCGAAACACUUUAUAUGUCCCUCCAUAUUUAGUUGGAAUAGAUUUUCUUGUGACUCGCAUUAAUUGGUGGUUGGGAGAUGGAUCAAAUAAGGUUGGCAUAGCAAUAUUAUGUGGAAUUGGAGGGAUUGGGAAGACAACCAUGGCCAAAGUUGUUUACAAUCUUAACAUCCAAAGAUUUGAAAGUUUUAGUUUCCUUGCUGAUGUUAGAGAGACUAUUCAAGAACGCAAUGGCCUUGUUCGUUUGCAAAGACAGCUUAUUUCAGAUAUCUUGAAGGGGAAAGCAAACAAAAUAUACAAUUCAGAUGAUGGAAUCAUUAAGAUCAAAGAAGCUGUACGCCGUAGACGUGUGCUUCUUGUCCUAGAUGAUGUGGAUGAUUCAGAUAUAAUAACUAAAAUAAUUGGGGCACAAAUUCCUUUUCAUCCAGGAAGUAAAAUCAUCAUAACUAGCAGGCAUCAAUCAUCAUCAAGUUAUGGAGACUUAUGCAAGGUAUUUGAGGUAAAAGAAUUAGCUUUCAAUGAAUCCCUUCAACUUUUUAAUUGGUAUGCCUUCGGACAGAAUGAUCCAAUUGACAGUUAUAUAGAAUAUGCAAGGAGUGUAGUGAAACACUGCGGUGGGCUUCCAUUAGCUCUUCAAGUUUUGGGUUCUUCUCUAUCUGGUAAAAGUAUAAAUGUGUGGAGAAGUGCAUUAGAGAAAUUGCAAGCGAUCCCUGAUAGCAAAAUUCAGAAGAUUUUAAGAAUAAGUUAUGAUUCCUUGCAAGAUGAUCAUGAUAAAAAUCUAUUCCUUGACAUAGCUUGUGUAUUCAUCGGGAAGGAUAGAGAUUACACAACUACAAUUCUAGAUGGUUGUGAUUACUAUACAACAAUUGGUAUUGAAAAUCUCAUAAAUAGGUCUCUUUUGGUGGUUAAUGAAAAAAACAAGCUAAUGAUGCAUCAAAUGAUUAGAGAUACAGGAAGGAACAUUAUUCGUCAAGAAUCUUCUGACCUUGGGAAACGAAGCAUGUUGUGGCAUAAGGAUGCAUUUGAUGCAUUGAGAGAGAAAAUUGGUACAAAAACAAUCAAGUGCCUCACAAUUGACCUACAAAGAUUGUUGGAAGAGAAGUAUGGAAAAAUGAUUGAAAACUAUUCAAAAAAUCCAUUUCUUAAUUCAAAUGAGGUAGUUAUAGAAACAGAUGCUUUUGUAAAGAUGAAAAGACUUAAACUACUUCAGCUAGAUUAUGUAAAACUUAAAGGAGACUACAGUGACUUUCCGAGAUGCUUAAUAUGGUUAUGUUGGCAUGGAUUUCCUCAAGAUUAUCUUUCUACAGAUUUAGAUAUUUCUAGGCUAGUUGUUCUUGAAAUGCGCAACAGUAGCCUCAAACGUGUUUGGAAUGAUACAAAGUACUUUCUUCCAAAUUUGAAGAUCCUUAAUCUCAGUCACUCCCAUAGCCUUCUUAAAAUCCUUAACUUAUCAAGUCUUCAUAGUCUUGAAAGGUUGAUGCUGAAAGAUUGCAUAAAGUUGACUGAGGUUGAUCAAUCCAUUGGUGAGAUAAAGACUCUGACUGUUUUAAACCUUAAAGGUUGCAAAAGUCUUAAGAAACUUCCACGGACAAUUGGUUCGUUAGAAUCUUUGGAAGAGCUUAUUUUAACUGGUUGCUCAACAUUUAAUGAUGUGCCUAGGGAUUUGCAGAAUAUGAAAUCAUUGAGGGUGCUUAGCUUAGAUGGAACUGCUAUUUAUGAAUCAAAUUCGUGGUUGUCUUGGCUAUCACUGAAAAGAAGCAAAGAGUUAGGUUUCUUUUGGGCAUCUUUGCCAUGUUCUUUGGUAAAGUUGAGUCUUGAGAGUUGCAGAUUAUCUGAGGAUGUUAUGCCUUCUGAUUUGAGCUACUUACCUUCCUUGAAAUCGUUAAAUUUAAGCAGAAACCCAAUUCAUAGCCUUCCCGAGAGCAUUAUCCACCUUACAAAGCUUGAUGAACUUUUGCUGACUUGUUGCAAAGAGCUCAAAUGGCUUCCAAUGCUUCCAACGAGUGGCUUGCACGUGAUAAUGUCUCAAUCAUUGUACAAGAUUUCAAGUUUGCCAUGCUUAUUAAAUUUGAAAAGGUGUGUUGUCUUUGGUUGUGAAAAGCUAACUGAGGUUCAAGGUGUGUUCAAGUUGGAACCAAUUGAAAACUUUAAAGUGGAGCAGAUUAAAAGCUUAUUCACUUUGGACUCGAUCAGAAGCACUGAAUUGCAAAUUUAUAACUAUCUUACAGACACAAAGAUGGUUGCAACCCCUCAGGUAUUUCAUGAUAGCGGCAUAACUAGUUGUUUUGUCUCUGGAAGUGAGGUUCCAAUCUUGUUUGAGUAUCGCUCUAAAGGGUCUGAAAUUUCUUUUUCUUUGCCACAAAAUCUUGGUGAAACAGUUAGCUGGUUAAACCUAUGCAUAGUCUAUUCCCUUGUUAGUGAUGAGAUCUUUGAGUUUCUACCAUCUGUGCAUAUUGUUAAUGAGACCAAGAAGUUGACGUGGUCUUAUUUCUCAAGUUUCAUUGGAAUUCCUGAAACCAAUAGUAACACAAUCUUAUGGCUAAUCCAUUGGCCAGUAAUGGAUUAUCAGUUGGAAAAUGGUGAUUUGGUGAGCUGCAAAUUAUCAACAUCUGGUCUCAACAUAAGAGAAUUUGGUGUUACAUGCUUAUCAGAAACCAAGGUUACGUAUGAAGAUGACACUCCACAAAACUCUCAAGGUACGAUUGCAUCUGAUAGCAUUUAUAAGAACUUUUUAUCUUUUUGA